CUUUCAAUUGCAAAAUGCUGCUCAGUUUUCUGCAAAGUGCAACUUCUGCUAUUUGGGGAAGCUGGGCAAAAAGGCACCUUCCUCUCUACAGCUCCACCUUCUCCUGGAGGAAUGUAGCCUUCCUGCUGCUUCUCUCCCUUGCUUUGGAGUGGACAUCUGCAUUGCUGCACAAGAAGAACAAACAGAAACCAGGGUUGUGUCCCAAAGAGAGGCUCGCUUGUACCGCUGAACUUCCGAAUUCAUGUAACACAGAUUUUGACUGCCAGGAAUACCUAAAGUGCUGCCUUUUUGCCUGUCAGAAGAAAUGCAUGGAUCCCUUUCAAGAACCCUGCACGCUACCUGUGAGACAAGGAAACUGUAAUCAUGAUGCACAGCGCUGGUAUUUUGACUUUAAAAAUUAUCGCUGCACACCCUUCACAUACAGGGGCUGCAAAGGGAAUGCCAACAACUUCUUGAGUGAGAAUGACUGCAGAACGGCCUGCAUGUUAGUUGUUAAGGAUGGACAAUGCCCACUCUUCCCUGUCACUGGACGUAAGGAGUGUCCACCUUCAUGUCACAGUGACAUCGAUUGUCCCCAGACAGACAAAUGUUGUGAAUCCAGGUGUGGCUUUGUUUGUGCCAGGGCCUGGACAGUCAAACAAGGUUUCUGCCCACGCAAGCCCUUGCUAUGUGCCCAGAUCGAUAAACCCAGGUGCCUGCAGGAUGAUGAGUGCCCAUUGGUGGAAAAGUGCUGCUCACUUUGUGGACUGAAAUGUACGGAUCCCAAGCAUUGAAUAGGAAACAAUAACAACUUCCAAUCCGAAGCCAACUGCCUGAACACCUGCAAGAAUAAACGCUUUCCCUGAUUGGAUAAGGAUGGGCUGGAAGAACUACCAGAGUGUGUGGCUCAUGCUCUGAGGACUGUUCGUGUACUUGACUGAUGCUCCAGAUUGACUUCCAGUUUCACUCGCAGCAUCCCAAGAUCUUAGCCCUUUGCCAAACAGAACCCUUGCAUCUCCCUCCUUUUCCUCCAUCUUUGGCUCUUUUGAUGCACAAUAUCCUUCCGUUUUGAUUUCAUCUUUAUGUCCCCUUUAUCUCCAACUUCUAGAGCUCCCAGCUUAUAUCUGUGUCACUCUCAAUUGUUUCCAAUAAAGAACAUGAUGUAA